AUGGGUGGUCCGUGGUGCUCUGGUCCUCCAGGUUGGCACAGCCAACAUCUUUUCGGCGGAGACGAUUUUCAGGCAUGCAUUGGGGGGUCGAAAAUCACAUCCUACCACAACGCCUUCGAUAAGGCUCGUAUGGAGGACCCUUUCAUGCAGUGCAUGGAUCUCGCCUCCGUCCUUCCCCAAGAACCAGUCUGUCCGCGGUGCAUGGGGCUCACCGGCGCAGCAGAUCUCCGGACUCCGGUCCAAGAAUAUGAUGCCGAGGAAAACCUCACUGGCAUGGUGGCCUAUUUGCCACACGAGAUUGAGUUGCGCUCUGCCCUCCAUCAGUCAUGCGUCUUCACGCAGUCCCACAUGAAUCCUGGGGCUUUCAACCAUCCAUGUCUGAUCCUGCAACAAUCCGCGUGCGGUCACCUCGCCUUCUGUGCACAGAUGACCUCUUUCACUCAGGCGGGCUCUCUUGUCAAAAAGCAUGCAGCCAAGUCAUUUGCAGCGAAGGAGAACAUAUUCUGGACCCACCUCGCAUUCGAGGACGGUAGCAAGGGGCACAACGACCUGGGAGAGCUCCGCUUGGCUGGCAUACCUUUCCAGAAGAAGUCCUACGUCAAGCUUGACCAAGGCUUCUGGAUUGAGUACGAUAACCUCUCCUACUUCCGCCAGCCCCGCAGGCACGGGCGAAUUGAUCUCGACAAAGAGUCGACCAAGCUGGCAGCGUGGGCCUAUGCGGUAGCAGAGACUCAUCGCCAGACCUUGGGAACUCUCCUGCCCACGCGCUUGCCUACGCCGCCGUGCGAGCGCACCCCGUCCCCGGUGGAGCAUGAUUCCUUCGGUCCCGCUAUGCCCAUUACGCCUCCACGGACACCCUCUCCGCUGCAGUACAAUCCUGCUGCGCCAGCGUGGAGGCCUCUGACACGCUCGUCGGACUUGCUCUACUGGGGGUCGAACACCAUGCCAGUCGCAACAACGCCGCCUAUGGGAAGCGCACUCUCCUGGCGUCCUGGCAUGGAGUUCCAGCCCUACAUGCAGGGCAGCCUGGUUCACUAA